AUUUCGCUUCGCUUCUCUUCUCGCGUCUCUUUCCAGUAUCCACCGUUUCACUUUCAGACACUAGCUCACUCUCUUCGAUUGUUGCACACAACCUCGUCGUCUUUUAGGGUUUUUCUCUCAACGUCGUUUCCCUUUGGAUCUUCUUCGCUUCGCCUCGUUCGCUUUCGUUUCUCGCCAUCGCAGGGCUCGAUUCGGGAAAUCCGGUUGCUUCUCCUGUCUUGGCUCGAGAUCCGGGCCAAGCGCAGAAGAAUCCGAUUCUGAUUUGCAUUUUGUAGUCUCUGGUGAUGUGAUUUAUUGGCAUGGUGUUUUGUUUGUCCUUGGAAGUAAGACGAGACGCUCUAUUUGGUGCUUAUGGUUUUAAGUGACACGUGGCAAACACGGAAGUGCUUCAAGUUGAGAGAUGUGUUUUUUUAUAGCGUGUUUUUUUUUAUCUAGCAGUUUGUAAGGAAAAAAACGCAGAGCUAAUGAUAUUUGGCUAUGUGCAUUGGUUUCGUUUGCAUUUGAAAGAGUAUUUAAUUAGUUGAUAAAUUAAUGUAGUGCUGUCUAUUGAGUUACGCUGUGAUUGAUGAAGUGAUGGGGUUAAUUGGUGUAUGUGUUUAUAGAGUCUCUGCGAGUAAAUGGCAUCGAGCGAGGGGUUUCUGACGGAUGGGCAGAGGGAAAUGCUAAAAAUUGCGAGUCAAAAUGCGGAGAAUCUGUCUUCAUCGCCGAAGUCCCCGUCGUCUCUGCUUUCUGACCAUCAUGUGAAAGCCCCUCCUGGUGGUAGGGCACAAACUGCUGGGAUUGCUGUGAGGCAUGUGCGCCGUUCACACUCUGGGAAGUUUGUGCGGGUGAAGAAGGAUGGUGCUGGUGGUAAGGGCACUUGGGGAAAGUUGCUUGAUACAGACGUUGAAUCUCACAUAGAUCGGAAUGAUCCAAAUUAUGACAGUGGCGAUGAACCCUAUCAGCUGGUUGGAUCUACUGUUACUGAUCCCUUAGAUGAAUUCAAGAAAGCAGUGGUAUCCAUCAUAGAGGAAUAUUUCAGCAAUGGGGAUGUGGAAUUGACAGCAUCUGACCUCAGAGAACUUGGUUCAAGUGAAUACUAUCCAUACUUCAUUAAACGCCUUGUGUCCAUGGCAAUGGACAGGCAUGAUAAGGAGAAAGAAAUGGCUUCUGUUCUGCUUUCAGCAUUGUAUGCUGAUGUCAUCAGCCCUGCACAGAUUAGGGAUGGGUUUUUUAUGCUUCUUGAAUCUGCUGAUGAUCUUGCAGUGGAUAUACUGGAUGCAGUUGACAUCCUUGCUUUAUUCCUGGCUCGGGCUGUUGUUGAUGAUAUUAUUCCUCCAGCCUUUCUUGCCAGGGCAAGGAGGGCUCUUCCAGAAUCUUCCAAGGGGGUUCAGGUUAUCCAGACUGCUGAGAAGAGUUAUCUAUCAGCUCCACACCAUGCAGAACUUGUGGAAAGGCGAUGGGGUGGUAGCACUCACAUUACUGUUGAAGAAGUAAAGAAGAAGAUUGCUGAUUUGCUUAGAGAGUAUGUGGAUAGUGGUGAUACAUUUGAAGCCUGUAGGUGUAUACGUGAGUUAGGGGUUUCAUUCUUCCAUCAUGAGGUUGUAAAGAGGGCUUUGGUACUUGCCAUGGAGAUUCGUUUAGCAGAAUCUCUAAUGUUGAAGUUAUUAAAAGAAGCAGCAGAAGAAGGACUUGUUAGUUCCAGUCAAAUGGUGAAAGGGUUUUCUCGAUUGGCAGAAUCCCUAGAUGAUCUUGCUCUUGAUAUUCCCUCAGCUAAAUCCUUGUUUCAGACAUUUGUCCCCAAGGCAAUAUCUGAAGGAUGGCUUGAUGCUUCAUUUACUAAACCUGCUGGUGAAGAUGGGGAAAUCCAAGUUGAAGAUGAAAAGGUGAGGAAAUACAAAAAAGAAGCUGUAACUAUUAUUCAUGAGUAUUUUCUUUCUGACGACAUUCCUGAACUCAUUCGAAGUCUUGAAGAUCUUGGAGCACCCGAGUAUAACCCAAUAUUUUUGAAAAAGCUAAUAACACUUGCUAUGGACCGAAAGAACAGAGAAAAGGAAAUGGCAUCUGUACUGCUAUCUGCUCUUCAUAUAGAGCUCUUCUCUACAGAGGAUAUAGUUAAUGGUUUUGUCUUGCUUCUGGAAAGUGCAGAAGAUACAGCACUGGAUAUAUUGGAUGCUUCAAAUGAGCUUGCUCUUUUUUUAGCACGGGCUGUGAUUGAUGAUGUAUUAGCCCCACUGAACUUGGAAGAAAUUGGCAGCAGGUUACCACCAAAAUGCAGUGGUAGUGAAACUGUGCGUAUGGCUCGAACACUCAUUGCUGCUCGUCAUGCUGGUGAGAGGCUGUUGAGAUGCUGGGGCGGAGGAACUGGAUGGGCGGUGGAGGAUGCCAAGGACAAGAUAAUGAAGCUCUUGGAGGAGUAUGAAAGUGGUGGGGUUGUCAGUGAAGCAUGCCAGUGUAUCCGUGACCUGGGAAUGCCUUUUUUUAACCAUGAGGUAGUGAAGAAAGCUUUGAUUAUGGCCAUGGAGAAGAAGAAUGAUCGGAUGCUACAUCUGCUGCAGGAGUGCUUUAGUGAGGGCCUCAUCACGAUCAAUCAGAUGACUAAAGGUUUCACCCGAAUUAAGGAUGGCCUCGAUGAUCUGGCUCUGGACAUUCCAAACGCUAAGGAGAAAUUUGGCUUCUAUGUGGAGCAUGCCCAGGCCAAAGGCUGGCUUCUACCAUCAUUUGAUUCGUCUGCCUCAGAUGUCUAACUAUCCCUAUUCCCUCCUUGCAGCUUUUUUGAGAAGGACAUAUAUACUUAUUGUUUCUCUUAUGUAUGUUGUCCUUGAGCUCCCGCCGAAUAUGGAUAAAUCCGGGAUGGUUGGACUUCCGACGAACCUUUUUAUCUGUUCUUUUAUUUAACUCUUUUCUAGAAUCAUCUCAACGACAAAGAUUCCUGUUAUCCCAGCCAUUGUAUAAAGUUUGUCUUUUUCCAUUAACAGCUUUUUAGGAUGAUGUUGCAUCAAAAGGUAUUUUAGAAGGCCAUAUAUUGUAUUUUCAGAGUUGAUUCUACUUUUAAAUUUGUUGAAUCUUCACCAUAGCAUGGUAGCCGUUUCUCUGUUCUUUUAAGCUACUGCUUUUGGUAUAACAUAACGUCUGAACGAUUUCGUGCAAAGUAACAAUUGAAACAAACUAUUCAAUUU